CGUCAGGAGCAGGCGGGCGGGCUUGCCGUUGUGUUUCCGGCGAGCGGUGAAGGAGCGCGAUGCUGCGCGGGAGGACGGUGAUCGUGACCGGGGCGAACAGCGGCAUCGGGAAGGCGACGGCGGCGGAGCUGCUGCGGCGGGAGGCGCGGGUCAUCAUGGCGUGCAGGAGCCUGGAGAGGGGUGAGAGCGCGGCGCAGGAGAUCCGCCAGCACACCGGAACCGGAACCGGAACCGGAGAGCUGCUGGUCAGACUGCUGGACCUGGCCUGCCUGAGCUCCGUGCGCAGCUUCUGCGCGCAGAUCAACAAGGAGGAGCCAAGACUUGACGUGCUGAUCAACAACGCCGGGGUCUACCAGUGUCCGUACUCUAGAACCGAGGACGGUUUCGAGAUGCAGUUCGGCGUGAACCACCUGGGCCACUUCCUCCUCACGCACCUGCUCCUGGACCUGCUGAAGCGCUCGGCGCCCAGCCGCAUCAUCGUCGUCUCCUCCAAACUCUACAAAGGAGGCGAGAUCAACUUUGACGACCUGAGCAGCGAGCACAGCUACGACAGGGCGUUGGCCUACAGCCGCAGCAAGCUCGCCAACCUGCUGUUCACGCUGGAGCUCAGUCGGCGGCUGGAGGACACGGGGGUGACGGUGAACGCUCUGACACCCGGCAUCGUCAGGACCAACCUGGGCCGCCACAUCCACGUCCCUCUGCUGGCCAAACCGCUCGUCAGCCUGGCAUCGUGGGCGCUGCUCAAAUCACCCGAGGAGGGAGCGAGGACUUCGGUUUAUCUCGCCUGCUCUCCAGAUGUGGAAGGGGUUCAGGGGAAGUGUUUCGCUGACUGUCAGGAGCAGAAGCUGCUCCCGAAAGCCACGGACGAGGACGUGGCGAAAAAACUGUGGGACAUCAGCGAGGUGAUGGUGGGCAUCACGACGUAGAACACAAAUCACACGACCAAUCAGAGCAAUAAAUCACAGGUUACCUUUACAUUCUGGUGCCUCUGGGGAGGAAAAAAAAACCAAAAACAGUGUUCUCAUAUUCUUCCUCACGACUUUAAGGGAAAGUGCCAGAAGUGUCUGGUGAGCUUGAAAAUUAAAUGUAUUUAAAAAACAAUGUAUUCCUUGCUACAAUGCAAAGAAGUCAAUAUCACUCACUGUUUGCUUUUAUUAAUUUAUUUUUGAAAUAUUUUUCUUUCCUAAAUGAUGAGAAUGCAGCAGAAAUGCAUGUCGUCAGCUGAAAAAAAAACAUUUUAAAGGUCCCAUGGCAUGGUGGUUUGUUGAUGCUUUAAACGGGCUCGUGGAGGUUUCCGGAUGUUAUAUCCGCAGCCUUUCUCGAAAUGAACCCUCGGCACGUAGACAUAGCCUCCUGGGAGAAAGCCCCAUUUCAGCGCUUUUCCCAGUGCGUCGUUUUGCUAAUGAGAAGCAUGGAGGCGGGGAAGGG